GGCGCCGCCCGGCCGAGGGGGCGAGGGGGAGGCGGAGCGGAUCGCAUCGGAGAGCGACCACUACGUCGUGCUCGGCGUCACGUGCGACGCGACCGACAAGCAGAUCCAGCAGGCGUAUCGCCUCCGGUCGCUCAAGUUCCACCCGGACCGCAAGAACGGCUCGACCUCGGCCUUCCAGCGCAUCGCGCAGGCCUUCCAGACCCUCUCGGACGCGGACAAGCGCAGCAUGUACGACCAGGGUGUUGACGUCAAGUCGAGGCGCGGCGGGGGAGAGUCGGGCUCGGAGGACGACGAGGAGGAGCACCGCCAGUCGCUGCGCGAGGAGAUCGAGCGCAAGUAUUACCCCGAGCGAUACGAGUUCUGGCCAUUUGGCGACCCGUUCGUCCACAAGCGCAAGCGCGCCGAGAGGAUGCGCCGCCAGCAGGGGCAGCGCGCGUGGUACGAGGAGGACUGAUUGCGCGCCCAUCUCCAGAGCGCACGUCAGGCGCACGGAGGCCGCGCGCCGCGUACGCACAUUCCCGGUGCGGAUGCUCUCCUCCGAUAAUGAAU